CGCCCUCCUCGACCGUCUCGCCAACGCUACCCAAUCUCGCAGCACUCUCUGCCACUCUGCUCUCGUUAAGCGAUGUCUGAACGAAAGGUCCUCAACAAGUACUUCCCUCCGGAUUUCGAUCCGUCCCUCAUCCCUCGCAGGAGGCAGCCGAAGAACUCCCAGCAGGUUGUUCGUCUCAUGGCGCCUUUCUCUAUGCGUUGUAAUACAUGUGGCGAGUACAUCUACAAGGGAAAGAAGUUCAACGCCCGGAAGGAGACCGUCGAAGGGGAGGACUACUUUGGUAUCAAGAUAUUCCGGUUCUACAUCAAAUGUACGCCGAUCUCACGUGUCCUCAGCACCCUUUGUUCCGCCGAGAUCACCUUCAAGACGGAUCCCAAGAACACAGACUACGCUGCGGAACACGGUGCGCAACGGAAUUUCGAGCCAUGGCGAGACGAGAAGGCAGUGGAGGAGGAGGAUCGUUUAGCCAAGCUCGAGGAGGAGGAGAACAACCCGAUGAAGGCCCUCGAGAACCGCACCGUCGACUCGAAGCGCGAGAUGGACAUCCUCGACGCGCUUCAAGACAUUCGUGCUCGUAACGCCCGAAACGAGCGCGUUGGUCAGUCGUCCGACCUCAUAGAGCGAUUACACAUGGAGGAGAUCGAGACGGAGGAGGACAUGGAGCAGAAGCGCGCCGAGGAAGAGGACGAGAAGCUGGUACGGGAAGUCUUCACCAAGGUUCCCGCCCCGGAGUCAUCUGCCAGUAGCGGCGCAGGUUCAAGCCAGGACAAGGGAGUACUGCCCGAGGUCAUCACUGUCAAGCGGAAGGCGGGUGACGAAGAACCCGAUUUGCGAAGUCUGUUACCUGAAUCUGCCCGAGCUUUGCUCUCUGUGUCUAUCGGCGCGCCGCCUCCCAAGCGGAAAAAAGUAGAGGGCAAGAACUUGUUAGGCAUCAAGUUGAAGGGAAAGUCCAAGGCAGCCACUUAA